AUGUUGUCCAUUUUGGUGUUAACAGUUAUGCUUACACGAUUACAACAUGCUUGUUGCAAUAUAACAAUGUAUAGUACUUCACAAAUUAAGAAACUUUACGAUAAGUUUCUCAUCAAAUAUCCUCGUGAUUUCGACAAUGAUACGAUCAGCUACCGAAAACGUCUGAAAAUAUUCCAAGAAAAUGUACAGCUCAUAGAGAAAUUAAAUAAUGAAAAUAGCACUGCGACAUAUGAAAUCACCAAAUUUGCCGAUUGGGAUGAUGAGGAACUUGAUGCGUUCUCUGGACCACUUCCUAGAUUGGAUCGUUAUGUUUUUCGUUACCAUGGUGCUGGUUGGAUUUAUGUAAUCUCAGAUGGUUCAUCAUAUCCAUCCCAUUGGGAUUGGAGGGAGAAAGGAGGUGUAACUGCAGUUAAACAACAAUCAUAUAAUUGUAAUUCAUGCUAUGCAUAUGCCGUAACAGCAGUAAUAGAAUCACUGUAUGCAAUCAAAUAUCACCAAUAUAUUUCCAUAUCGGAAUAUGAAAUGCUCGAUUGUGAUUAUACCAACAAUGGUUGUGGGAGUGGUAGUAUCAUGAAGUCGCUGGCACGUGGGAAAUAUAUUGGUUACACGCAAAUGAUAAAUUACCCUACGUUAUUGUGGAAUAAUUAUUUUUGUCCAGCAUAUGGUGAAAUUUUCAUCAACAAACUAUAUCAAAUCGAUCCGGAUCCAAAUGCAAUGGCUUGGUUUGUAGCAAAUGUGGCACCGGUUGCGUUGAAUCUUGCAUUUCCGAAACGGUACAAGUUUUACAAAUCCGGUGUAUUGCCGGACAAUGAAGAAUGCUCCGCAAUGGAGCCAAACCAUGCAGCCGAAGUGAUCGGUUAUGGUACGGAAAAUGGCAAGAAAUACUGGUUAAUUAAAAACAGCUGGGGUGAAUGGUGGGGUGACCACGGAUUCUUCAAAAUCGAACGAGGUAUCAACGCCUGCCAAGUUGAAACUUAUGUAGCAUCGGCCGGCUUAUGAAAGUGAACUUUGAAACGAAUUCAGGAUGAUUCCGAUCAACCCUCCUCAAUGACUUCACAGCGGAUUUCAACUUUCAGGACUUGCAAGGUCCGCCUUGAGAUGAAAGUAGAAUAAAGCAGGAGCACCACCAAGCUUUUGUCAAUUCCCAUGGUUCUCACACAUAACUUAAGAAUUAAUGAACAAUUCGACAGCAUAACAGCAGCGAUACAUUGAAAAUCGCAGUAACCGCGGAAAGUACGCUGCCUUAAAUGAUUUGUGGUAACGACAUUAGAGAUCAAAUAUCGCAAUUCUCCGCCACUGGUCGCAAACACUGUAAGCUCAUCGAAACAGUUUCCACCCAUUUGUUUAUUCCCAAUGUGGAUACUAUAAACACACCAUUCGUAUCUGACAAAACUUAUCACCAACCAGAGUCGAAAAUAUUUCACUUGUCUCAAACUUCUUUUGCAAACAUCGCAGUCAUAAGCUACA